CAUCUGCAACAAACCGCAUCUAUAGCCAGACAAAACUAUAGGCUAUUCUUCAAAUAACUGUCCGGUUCUUUUGGUUUAGACCAAUCUAUAAGCAUAUCUGAUCAUUUCCACUCAGUUCUCAAAGGCAGUUUGCCAUAGUUUAUAACACCCCUUAUCUGGUAGAGUUUUAUAAUCCAGUAGGCUAGUUUGUUUGAUAGAUUUCAUCAGAUUUGUGAAUAAUUCCAUGGCUGGUUGAUCAUCAAGGAUAUGUUUUAAUGGUGACUAUGAGUAACGACAUUAAGGUUGUCAUGUAAUCAUUGGGACAAAAGCCUUCUUUGUUAUUGUGAAUUAUUCAAAGUUUCUUCUAAGCCAUUUGUUAUGUAGCCUAGGCCUAUUUUCAGCGUUUCUCUCUCUCUCCCAUUAAGCCUUCCUGACGUAUUGUUAAUUUUUUUAGCUGUGAAUUUUAACCUCAAAUAGACAAAACACACAGAUCUGGAUAAAUUACGCGGAUUAAUAGAAACUUCAUUACCCAUAAUGCAAUACGCCACCAGGAACUAUUCAACAUUUAGAACGCUUAAAGGGCGGGACGACUAGUUUUGACCAAUAGCGACCCUUAAUAUUCAACAGCAGAGAAGCCACACGAUGGCAUUUCCUGAAGGCUGUUGGACGAAAUGUAGAAUGACCUGACAACAACAGGGGCAUGCAGCCAAGAAAGGAGGAAAUGUUUAAGACCUCUAACAUGCGAGACCCUCGGAUUCUAACAAUUGUAGUUCACGUAAUUAGUGAUGCAACAGAGUCGAGAUAGCUUUUUAAAAACAAACGACUCAAGUAAUUUGUUAGCCAGCCACUCCGGAAUCGGUCGAACAUUAGGAUUUUGAUUAACGUUGUAUUGGAACCAUCAAACCUGCCCUGCUCCUAGCGAACUUUGUCACUAUGCGGUCGAACCUAUCAGAUGAUUGCUAGUGUUAUCACAUCCUUUACAGCGCGAGUUUUUGCUCGCCCACUGCUUCGCUUGAAUCUCGUAGCUCAUCAGUACCCCCCAAGACACUUCCACAGGCAGCACGCCACGAUGCAGUCGAGCCAAAACAUCACUGUCAGCGGCGACGCUUCUCACAAACCCGGAGGAGCCGUCAGGGGGAUAUCGUCUACACUAACUAACAACACCAGUCCCACUCUAGGGGCUAGGCUCGUGAUUAACGAUAGGCCAAGGAGGACACCGAGUCCCCGCGGACCGAACGGGGAUGAAGACUCCGAAGCGGAGUCCUACCGGGGCGGGCGGAGGGACGAGGUCGACCGGGACACCCGCGCGAGAGCAUUCGCGUGGUGCCGAGAUUUUCUGUCUGGGUCGUGGAAGACCAUCUCCGAAGAGGACUUUGAAAUCAGUAUUGUCAGUGGAGGACUCAGUAAUCUGCUCUACAAAUGCAGUUUGCCCGACCAUGUCCGUCCGGUUGGCGAUGAGCCGGCCCGUGUGCUUUUACGGAUUUACGGAGCUAUCCUCCAGGGGGUGGACUCUCUGGUCUUAGAGAGUGUGAUGUUUGCCAUCCUGGCAGAGAGGACUUUGGGCCCACGGCUCUUUGGAAUCUUCCCUGAGGGGAGACUGGAGCAGUACAUACCUAGCAAUCGCCUGCGCACAGAGCAAUUGGCCGUUCCAGAACUUUCUGCGGAGAUAGCGUCAAAGAUGGCCCGUUUCCAUGGCAUGGUCAUGCCCUUCAACAAGGAGCCCAAGUGGCUCUUCGGGACCAUUGACAGGUACAUGGAGCAGAUAAAGACUCUGAAGUUUGUCCGGGACACCCACAUAAAAAAGUUCAACAAGGUGAUGAAGUAUGACCUGCCCAAUGAACUGGAGACCCUGAGGUCACUGCUGGCAGCGACUCAUUCUCCUGUGGUUUUCUGUCACAAUGACGUACAGGAAGGGAACAUACUGAUGCUAGAUGGCCGUCAGGUGAAUGCCACCGACAAACUGAUGCUCAUCGACUUUGAGUACAGCAGCUACAACUACAGGGGCUUUGACUUUGGGAACCACUUCUGUGAGUGGAUGUAUGACUACACGUAUGACCAGUGGCCCUUCUACAAGUCCAGCGUUGACCACUACCCCACCAAGGAGCAGCAGCUGCACUUCAUCCGACACUACCUGACUGAGAGCGGGGGAUACGGAGACAGAGAAGACCACCUGCAGGUGGAGGAGGAGCUUAUGCUAGAGGCCAAUCGGUUUGCGCUGGCCUCGCACUUCUUCUGGGGACUUUGGUCCAUCAUCCAGGCCCGGAUAUCUACCAUAGAGUUUGGCUACAUGGACUAUGCCCUAUGCAGAUUUGAUGCCUACUUCAGGCAGAAGAAGCUUGUGGCCUGAAGCCCAUCAUGAAGAACCCCCAAACAGAAUGCCUCGUCUGGAGGUGUACUGCCCCCACACCCCCCACCCUCGUCUGGAGGUGUACUGCCCCCCCACCCUCCCCCCUCGCCUG